UAUUUUUGCACAUGAAAUCGCUUUAAAACAUUCAUAACAAAUAUAGGCAUGGUAUACAAUUUUUCGCUACCUUCGCUUGUGUGUUUUAUAAAGGAAUUGGAUGGGACCUUUUAUCUGAAGUCGAUCAUCACAGAAAAGAUACCCGUCAUAGGUACUAGCACCUCAGGCCAGUCCAUCUUAAAUAAUUAACUGCUUGUUUUCCUUCUUGAUUUCUCGAUCUAAAUUAAGAUUUAACAAAUUUAGUUAUAGCUUGCAUUAAGCAACAGCAACUAAGGAUAGAAGCCUAAAGUCCAGUUCAUCUUUGUGGAAUUCUCGCGUGACAUGGAGACGCUAAAGCCCCAUCCAUCUGUCCGCGCAAUAUUCAAGGAUUUCUCGGACAGGACAAGUUGUCAUGGAAUAGGUCAGAUCGGCGGAUCACAGUCAGUAAUGUGGCGGGUAUCCUGGUUAAUGAUAUUCCUGGCAGGUCUGGGAAUGGUACUGUACCAGGGCCUCACAUUGCUUGAUACAUAUCUCAACAAGCCGACAGCUACUGCUGUGGAUAUAACAUAUUCUGAGGUGACUAACUUCCCUUCAGUAACCAUCUGCAACAUGAAUAUGAUCAAGAAAAGCCAACUCCAGCAUUUUCCACAAGUAAAACGGCUCGUCGACACGUUCAACAACAUGACAAGUUCAAACUCAAGUCUGAACUCAUCGGCUUUCAUGGACACAAACAGGGAGAAAGCUGAGAAAGACCGACUAUCAUUGAACACAAAGAACAGUAAAAACAAGGUGAUACUAAAUAAUGUCAACAUUGACAUGCAGAGAUAUAUCGAAGACAAGAUUGUCCAGUAUUUAUCGAUGUCGGACACUACGAAGUUGAUGAAGGCAGGGCAUGUGUUUAGAGAACUGGUAUUUCGCUGCGUCUGGAAUGGGUUUGUUUGCAAUAAAGGGGAUUUUUUAAAGUACUGGCGGCCAUUUUGGCACUGGCGAUAUGGAAAUUGCUACACGUUUAACCAAGGCGUAGACGUCAACGGGACAGAACUACCUUCUCUCGCAUCAUCAAAACCCGGUCCAAUGUACGGUUUAACUCUGGAUUUGUUUAUUGAUCAAGAGCAGUACAUCAUACCGCUUUCACAAGAAGCCGGAGUCAAGGUCUUGCUAUCGGAUCAGAGAAACAUCCCAUUCCCCUUCACGCACGGUUUUACCGUCCAACCCGGGGUUUCUGCAUCCGCCGGAAUACGUCAGCUGGUGAUUAAACGUAUCGACCCAUUCAGUAACGGAAGCUGUUACUCUGGAAAUGGACUCGAGGCCAACAGCAUUUAUCAUAAAUACAAAGGAAUGAGAUAUUCUGUGCAGGGUUGCAUGUCCUCUUGUCUGGCAAAUAAUCAAUUUAAAGUGUGUAAUUGCACCGAAGGGAAGUUUCGUGCAAAGGGCAGACCAUGCAUGACAGAACCUGAAGUGAAAUGCUUGAACAAUAUUAGUAAGAAGUACGAGAAUGGAUCCUUGGGGUGCUCCAAAUCCUGCCCGCAGCCGUGCACACAUUACUCUUUCAGGAGGACCAUAUCGCAGACACAAUGGUCAGACUCGUAUGAGAAAACAUUUCAGAGACUCGUCAGAAAAUCCGAUCGCGGCUUUGCAAACAAAAUGAACGAUGCAAGCAUUCUAAGGAAGAAUUUCCUUCGAGUAAAACUUUAUUACGAAGAGCUCAACAGAGAGACGAUUACAUACUCGCUCUCCUAUCCGGUCGAGAACCUUUUGGGCGACGUAGGGGGCCAACUCGGUCUUUGGAUUGGAGUGUCGGUGAUCACGUGCGCAGAGUUUCUCAAGCUUCUGGUGGACCUGGCGUGGUAUCUCGCAAGCAAAAUGAGCGGGAAGACCAAAACACAAGUGCAGGACUUGAACAUGCAAUAAACCAUAGAAAAAUCCACAAGCAACCGAGAAUAGCUAUGGACAUUUAAAAGGCAAUUUAUGAGAAACUCCAACCCGAUGUAAUGAUAAAUUUUCAUAAACGGACACCAAAUAUCUUGUACAAAGAUUUUGAACGCUGUCUCAGCCAAACAGCGCAUUUUAAAACAUUUAGAAGAGCUCCUCUUCCACUCACCCUAUAAUCAACCAGAUAACCUUCAAUUUUCUUGAAAAUCAAAUUCAAAAGGAAUGUUUUGACAAAUAAAUUUGUGAUCAAUCUCGAAA